AUGCUACGUCUCACUGUGGUCUUUGGCCUCUUGGCCACAGCAUAUGCUCAGUAUGGUCAGAAUGCGACCCUGGACAACUACAUCGCGGCACAGUACAACAUAUCGCUUGCCGGAGCUAUCCAAAAUAUUGGAGGCAUGAACAAUUCAAUCGUUGGCGAUGGUCCCAGUCCUGGCGCUGUUCUGGCGUCACCUAGCACCGUCAACCCCAACUACUUCUAUACUUGGACUCGAGACUCGGCGUUGACGUACCUCAUGAUCACGGACGAGCUGAUCUUCGGCACUGAGAAGGUCGGUAACAACAGUCUGCAAGUGGCAGCCGAGUACUACACAGCAGCACAAGCCUUUCUUCAGACUGUGACGAACCCAUCGGGCACGUUCUGGCCAGCUGGGGAAGGCCUGGGAGAGCCGAAAUUCUACAGCAAUUUGACUAGAUUCAACGAUGCGUGGGGCAGACCGCAGAAUGAUGGCCCUGCUUUCCGGGCCACGACCUUCAUGGAGAUUGCUGAAGCCAUCUAUCAGCGCAAUCCGAACGCGCCCAGGCUUGUGGCACAGUACUACUGGCCGCUGAUACUGGCGGAUCUCAACUACGUCGGCCAGUACUGGAAUACCAGUUCUUACGAUCCCUGGGAGGAAGUCAACGGAAACUCAUUCUUCUCCACUACUGCCCAGUAUCGUGCAUUGAUUUCAGGCUCCGUGUGGGCCGAGCGUCUUAAUCAGACAUGCAAGCCAUGCGAGCAAGCUCCCGAGAUUGCCUGCUUCCUCAAGAACAACUUCUGGAAUGAGACAGGCAAUUACCUACUAGCAAACAUCAACGCGAACCAAGUCAACAGAUCACAGAUCGGGACAGAUCCACUGCUGGGCUCCAUACACGCCUUUGACAUCAACGCCACGUGCGAUGCCACUUCCAUGCAGCCAUGCAACUCACGCGUUCUCGCGACCCACAAAGUGGUGGUCGACUCGUUCCGCAACCUCUAUCCUAUCAACGACAAUGCCACUGCUCCUAGCGCUGUAGCAGUGGGCAGAUACCCUGAGGAUACCUACUAUGGUGGCAAUCCAUGGUACAUCACGACUUUGGUCUGUGCAGAAGUACUAUAUGACGCCGCCGCGCAAUUCCGAAAGAACGGCACAAUCACUGUCGACAAUACAUCUCUCGCUUUCUUCCAGGAUAUUUAUCCGGACGCCAAGGUCGGCAACUACUCGGACAGUGCCACUCUUGCCAAUUAUACCAACGCCAUGAUCAAGUAUGCCGACGGAUUCGUCCAGGUCGUGGAGAAGUACACACCAGCAAACGGCACGCUUAACGAGCAGAUCAACAAGACUACCGGCGAGCCCACCUCUGCCAUUGCCUUGACAUGGUCGUUCGCAGCCUUCGUUACGGCGGCCGAACGACGCGCAGGGAAGUAUCCACCUUCCUGGGGUGCCACCUCCGACUACGCCAGCAACGUCACCUCUAAUUGCUCGGCUUCUUCUUACAACGCAACUUACAGCUAUGUUCCGGCCUAUGCUGACCUUGCGCCAAACAUCUCCAUGCCGCUGUGCAUGAAGGAGGUGCUUUUCAUCUGCAACUAUUCAACAAAACCAGGAACUAACAUCUACAUUGUUGGUGACAACGAGUUGCUUGGAGGCUCACUUAGUCUCGACCCUCCCAUCGAGGUACUGAGGCCUGGCAACAUUACGGCAGACUACCCCUGGUGGAACACGCCUGUUUGGUUCAACGCUUCCACAACCGUUGAGUACAAAUGGGUGCUCCAGAACCAGACCGCCAUGACCUUUGCAUACGAGAACAUGACGCGCACAGUUGACGUAGGUCAAUGCGAUGGAGAGGUGCAGCGCGUUCUUGACUCGCCAGCGUUUCCUAGUCCGAACUAA